GAUUAUAGGAGCGACGCUGCUUCGUGGGGGUUAAUCUUGCCGAAAUUAGAAAUACUCAGCGACUUUGGCGAGAUGAUGUGCGACGGCGCUAACAGGAGUUUUCGGACACAGCUGGCCGUCAUCCUGGACAGGCUAACAAAGGCGGCUUUGGCUGAGAUCAGCAGCCUGGCUGACGAGUGCUCCUCCGUCCUUCACACUGAGAUAUCUCUGCAUAAGACGGAGAACGAGGCGCUGAAGAAGAGGUGCUACUCUCUGGAGGUCCAACUGAGAGCAGCCAGAGAGGGACAGACCUACCCAGCACAUGUCAACACCAGCGUCAGGCAACUUUCAGAUCAGCACCAGCCUUCUCCAGCCAUUGAAGGAGUAUUUGGGAAGGAUUGGUGCAUGGAUCUGUGGAGAGAAGACAAGCUUCACCCUCAGAGAAGACUGCCAAUGGAGGCUGCUAUGACAAACAUAGGAGCAGAGGCAGCUGACAUGAUGGGGAGAGAACCUGAUCUUAUUUUUGUCAAAGAAGAGACGUAUGACGAUCACCCUAUUGGUCAGCAGAUGAGUCGUGCUGACAACAGGAAAAUUGUUGGGAUGUUUGAAGAUGACGGCAUGCUUCACAGAUCCGUCGAUGAACUGCAGCUUCAGACAGGGGAAUUGAAUAAUUUCCCCAUGAUGUCGGACGGACAAAUGCUACAGCGGGCACAGCCGACCAUCGCGGACAGAUUAAUAGAGGAUGCAGCAAUGGGCAGCCUUGUGCAAAACACAAAUCCUCCUCCAGCCUCAGUGGAUUCCUCAGAUUACACAAACUGUCUCCAAACAAACACAACCAAAGAACUCCCCUUUCAACCCAAACUUGUUAAGGCACCAAAGCGGUUUGACUGUUUAUUCUGCGGAAAAAUCUUUAACUAUUUAAGCAGCUUAAAAGUGCACAUUAGGCGGCACUCGGGCGAAAAGCCUUUCAGCUGCUCUGUGUGCGGAAAACGAUUUGCUCAGAAAACGUACCUGAAGCUGCACCAGCGAGUGCACUCUGGUGAAAAGCCUUACAGCUGUCCAGACUGUGGCAAAAGUUUCUCCCAGAAAAGCUCUUUAAACAUACAUCUUCGAACGCACACGGGUGAAAAGCCUUAUAGCUGCGUGGGAUGUGGCAAAUGCUACGCGUAUAAAUAUGGUUUAAAUCACCAUCAGUGUUUCAACUGGAUGGUCAAACCAGAGGUAUUUGACACAGGUCCUCUCAGCACUGCUCAGAGUGACUCAACAUGCGGCAGUAUUUCUUUACUAACAUCCAACAUGGAGGAAAAAUACUGAUGUGGAGCAAAGAGAGCUGGAUUGUAUUAUCUAUUAUGACCUGUGCUACUGUUAGUCAUAUUUUUUAGCUAGAGUGGAGAGACUAACGUAGCAGUGGCUAACCAAUAGUGGAGCUUAUUGGUCCUUUAUAAUAGAAUAUUUAUUCUCACGGGUCUGAGUUUGAUUAGCCAGCAAGAAAUGAAAAACAUUUUAACUUCAUUUCAUUGUUGCAUGUGUUUGUUCCCAAUAUAUGAGGCCACAGAAGGACUGUCCCAAGAAAUACCAAAUUAUUGACUUUGGGAAAAUGUUCCUGGCCAACCUCUAAAACUACCUCCUUGGAACAAAAACCUGAACCAAGAUUGUUCCUUUGACCAGUUCUUUAUUUGUUCAACACCAUAUUGAAUUCUUUGGCAUUAAAAUGAAACUGAAGACAUUUUUUCUGAAAUAUAACUAAAAUUAAAUGAUCUCUUGGGCAUAUAUUUGAAGAAGCUCCACACCCUAUCAAUUACACGGUGUAAUUGAUAAUAUUGUUACUGUUUGAAUAGUUAUUUUAUGGUUCUACUGAGAUUUCGAAUUGAAGAGAAAUUGUCAAGAUUCUGUAAAUCUGAUUUCAUGUAGUCUUAUUUCAUUCCUAUGCCUAAUAGAAAUUGCUUUUUUUGAAUGUAAAGCUUGCCUGAGCUGAGUCUGUUUAGAGAAGGUUCUAGCAGCAUCGAUUUUACUAGCAUAUAACUGAAAUUGAGUUUUAUGAAAUAAAACAAAUGAACAUA